GAACUAUUACUUUAACCAUUGAUAAUGCUAAAGGUGCUUUAAAAGCUGAUGGAUUUGCUUUAGAAAAGGCGGCAGGUAAGUCGGUACCAUUAACUGGUUCAGAUCUACCAAAAGAAGUUCAAAUUAUUUUCCAGAAUGAUAAGUCUAUCGAUGCUCGUUACAAAAAAUUAUUGCAAGAUUUGAAAAAGGAUCUUAAUAUAGAGAUUGAAAUUACUCAUGCGGAAAAUAUUGGCUGGGAUGAUACUUUAAAACGAUUUACUUUGAAUGAUGUCGAUUUUGGUAAUGUUAAAGUGGAAAGAGACAAGGCUUUAGAUAACAAAAUAAAGAAAUGGCAAGUUAAGAUUGAAAAAAUAAUCACUGAUUAUUCAACUUCUACCUUUGGGGCAACACAAAUUGAAGCCAAGGCUAGCAAAAAUCAUUGGGGUGAUGCCGAUCGGGGAGAUAUUCCCAAUGUUAAUUACUUUAACAAUCCAGACGGAGAAAUUGACAAGAUUAUUGAUAAUUCCAAAGGAAAGAAAGAAAUUGAUGUUGGGUUAAAAGGUAAAAAUGUUGAAGAGGAAAUAACAGAUAAAGCCAAAGAAAUCCAAACCGAAGUUGGUAAUCCUAUGGCCGGGGCGGAUAUUACCAUGGCUAACUUUAGGAAGAAUAAAGGUUCUUUAAGUGCGGACCUAAACUUCCAAACUAUGGUUAAAGGGGCCAAAAAUAUCAAAUUUAAGUCUUCAGCGACAAAUAAAGACGCAUUUGCUUCGGCCAAAAAUGAGCGCUGGUUAAAUUACGAAAGUUAUGCAACUUCCGGGGAUGAUGAAGACGCGGCUAAAGAAACUACCAGACUAUUGAUGCAUAGAACUGAGAAAAAUGCCGAAGGCACAAGCAACACUAACUGCCGUAUUGCUUAUGAUGGAGAUUGGUGUACUGGUGCCGAUAUCGAAUAUGUGGCCCGAGUUUUAGAGCGUCCAAUUGGUCUGGUUUACCGAGCAGCAGCAGUUAAUGGCGUUCUUGUACCAAAUACUACCGAACCUGAUUAUAUUGCUCUAGCCCGUCCGGAAGAUCACCAAGAAGGAAAAUUUGAAUUUACCGCUGACGAUAUUGAAGUAGAUGACGGCAAACAGGCAAUUUUUUUCACUUUUAAGAAAGGAAGCAUUAAAUACCCAGGAUUUACUCCCAAAAAUGUGAAAACAUUGGAGAACAAAAAAGACUUAAAUAUUAAAGAUGCCGAAGUCUUGGCUAUCCAUUACAGUAAUGAUGACUGGGGAAAAGUGGAUUAUGCUGACCAAACUGAUGCAUUAAAAGAUAAUAGUUCAAAGCAAAUUGAUAAAGUAGGGCAUACUUUUGUUAUUUCUUUGGCGAGAGCAUUCGGGGAUUCUGAUUCUAAAAGAAAUAUAAGAUUAGAAAAAGGUGCUUACAAAGGAAAAGAUGUAAUUCGUAUGGAUCAAUUUAAUGUAGAGAAUGUUUACCUUGUACCGAAAAAAUCUUAA